CCGGGACCUAGUCCUUCUUGUCCCUGGGAACCCCUUCCCUGUUCUCUGGACCCAGACAAUCAGGCUGGUCCUCACGCCAGCAACCACAUUUUGGGAAAGGUGAGAGCCUGAGGCAGGAGGGGGUUGUCUUUUGAGCUUCGUGGAGGAGACUACUGAAGAAAUACUUUCACUUCUGUUUUCCCGACUGGGGCGGAGCCCUGCCUCCUCGGCCGGCCAACUGAUUUCCUGCCCUGUGCCUCUCAGCCACUCUGGACUCAGGCAGGGAAACCGCCACCAAGGCCACCGUCCCAGGCCCAGGCAGGACUGGACGGGAAGAUGGCAGAUGAGGGCUGGGACCUGAACACCAGGAUGUUAACAGAUGCCCCACAUGCAGAGGAUCUUAUGGCAAGUUUAUUCCAAUACUUCAAAGCACAUAAAGUAGAGAUUUCAUAUGCAAUAAAAAAGACAUUUCCUUUCCUUGAGGGUCUCCGUGACCGUGAACUUAUCACCAACAAAAUGUAUAAAGCUUAUCAGGACUCUUGUCGAGAAUCCCUGGUCCCUGUACAUAGAGUGAUGUACAGUGUUCUCAAUGACCUGGAGAAGAUAUUUGACAUGGCAGUUCUGGAAGCAUUAUUCAGUGAGGUCAACAGGGAGGUAUACCCUGCUUUAAUGAACAUUUACAAAGACUUCCAAAAUGUGAUCCAUGACAAAUUGUGUUUCCAAGAAAGUGAUGAAGAGAGAGAGGAGAGGCCCGACACCCAACUAAGGCUUGAAGAAGGAACUAGAAGAAACUCUGUUCCACGAAGCCUCACCUGGUUAUGCUCAGAACCGUCGCCUUCUGGUGGUACAACCUUAUCUGAAAAUGGACUCCCACACCAGGCCCACCAAAGGAAACAGAUAAAAGGAUUGAAAACAGAAACAAACAGGCAGAGAAAUGAUGCACCAGGAAACCACCAAACAGAUGAGCAGACUGCCCAUGAGUCUGCACCAGUAGAGCCCGUGGAAGAAGUAACUGCCCAGGAGGAUAAUGGAGAUACAGGUGUGGGGCCUUCCAGCCCCUCACCCUGUGCGGAAGAAGGGACAGAGCUGCACAGCCAAGGAAUCCAAGUUGGCUCCUGUUCUGUGCUUCUGGUGGAUAUAAAGAAGGAAAAACCAUUCUUCUCGGAAGAUGAGCAACGAGCCCAACGCAGGGCUAAAUGUGAGCAGGCAACUGAUGUAAUAGUCAUCAGCAGUGACGACUCUGAAGAGCUCAGCGACGGAGAGGAGACCCUCAAAGCCUGCACCUCAGCCCUGAGCCGAAAGCCUGUGAUCAGUGACCAUGACCCAUUAGAAGCAAGUGAGGAAGAGGAGACCCAAGAAGCCACUUGCUCCCGUCAGAGUACACCAAACCCUAUGGAUUUCAAAACAUUCAGAAAAAGCCCUCUGAAAAGAGGGAGAGAACAUGACUACAACUCUUCAGAAUCCAGUGAGGAAGAGACACUCCCCCAAAUCGACUUCUGCAGCCUACGAUGCAGAAGUAGGCUGAGUACAACAGAGCCUGAGAAUACUGGAAAACCAUCUGUGUCAGGGACACACAAUUGGAAAAGAUGGGUCAGCAGUGGUGGUUCUCCUAAACUGAAUCACAGAGAAGAGCAUCUAGAAACACUAAGAAGUGGAUCAGGAGCAGAGCUGCAAGGACCUGGAAAUAAAUGUCCCUGUGUCAUGUGUUCCUCGGAAUGUGUGCCAGGAGGCCAAGAAGAAAAGAUAGAAAAUGGGCAAGCAUCUUACACAAUGGAUGCUGUGGCUGUGGGAAACAAUUCCACUUUGGGAAAAGACAUUGGGAAAAGAAGGAAAAAGGAAAGACGUACACAUAAAAUAAAGCCCCUCCAAAAAGGGAGAGAGAGAGGCAGGAGCAGAAUUCUCUCCACUCUGAGUAAUGGAGCCCCAAGGAAAAGAGGUUGGCCAAAAGGGAGAAAAAGAGUCAACACUAAACUUUUGAAAAGAGUCAGAAAAAGAGGUCCCAGAAUUCCCAAAGAAACAAAUGUGAAUUUCAAUAUUCCUGAGCUUCCUGUGACCUGUGGUAAUGCUAAGGGGACUCUGUAUAAGGAGAUUUUUAAGCAAGGAGUCUGGAAGGACAGCAUAAAGGGUGAGAACGGAAGCUGGUUCAGCCCCAGAGAGUUUGAAAUUAAAGGAAAUCACGCAGCAUCCAAGAACUGGAAACUCAGUGUACGCUGCCACGGAUGGACCCUGAGAGAACUGAUAGAGAGAGGAUAUCUACCAGAACCACCAAGUAAGAGAAAAAAGAAGGCCACCAUCAGAGUGGGUGCUUCAAUCUCCAGAACUCAGAGAACACUAGACUCUUACAUCAAUGCCCCAGAAGACCCUUACCCACAAAACUCAAAUGAAUGUGAAGUGUGUGCCCAAGGGGGACAGAUGUACUGCUGCGAUACUUGUCCAAAAUCCUAUCAUGAGAACUGCCACAUCCCACCUGUGGAAACGGAGAGCAACCCGUGGAGUUGCAUCUUCUGCAAGACAAAGGCUAUUCGGAAAAGGUGCCGAGAAAGCCAACCAUGUCAUCAGGAAUCUGAGGUUCUGAUGAAGGAGCUGUGUGGUGAGGAACAGCUGAAAUGUGAGCUGCUCCUCUUGAAGGUCUACUGCUGUGUAGACAGUGCCUUCUUUGUCACAGAACCGAAUUAUACCAAAGGGACAUUUGUGGGCCAACAGGGCUGCACGUGUUUAGACCAAAUCAAGACCAGGCUGAACGAGAAGAAGUACUCCCGAGUGAAGGAGUUUGUGCAGGACAUCCGCUUCAUCUUUCAGAACUAUAAGGCAUUUUACGGAGACAAACAGUUCAUCGAUGUGGGAACACUAGAAGGCAGAUUUGAGAAGAAUUUCAAAAACAUUUUUGGAGUCCAGAAAACGACUCCAAUUAUCUGUUUCCCUCCCACUCAGGAUCCUUCAGCAGCUAGCGAUACAGUAUUCUGAUGAUCCACCAGGACGCCUCCCUGUCUCUGGUCAAACAAGAUCAUGUUGCAUUUCUUUUUCAAACGUUUUUCAUGGCCCUUCCCAUUCAUCUGUUUAAAUAAUACUUAAGGCAGGGACUUAGCUCAGUGAUUCCACUGCCUGCCUCACAAGCACAAGGUCCUCAGUUCAAUCCCUGGUACCAAAAAAAUAAAUAAAUAAAAUAAUACUUAUCAAGUUCUCAUAUCAAUUUGCAGUAAAAGCUGCAAUUGAAACUAUGAAGUGUUUCCAAAAAGGAUCGUAUUGUGUUCUUUCAUUGAUUCACACCCUGUAUUAGAUUCUUCGAUGCUUCCUGUUCCCUCCCCACAUGAGGCUUUAUAUCUUUUUUUAUUUUUUUAUUCUCACUCACAGAGUUUAACAUUUUGGUGUUACUGUGAAAGUAAUCUGCACAGUGCAGCCCUUCUGUGACAGACUCCACACUGUAUAGAAUGGUAGCUUGCAUGCUGUGCUUUACCUGGAGCAACUCCAUUUUGUACAGAGCAGUUGACUCCAUUUUGAGUGUAAAUGAUAAGGCAGAAUGACUCGGUCGCUUGUUGGUACAAACACAGAACUAUCAGAGGCUGGACACACACACACACACACACACACACACACACACGAAACCAAAAUACUCCCAGCGGCACAGAACAAUCACAGAUGUAAACAAAUGAAUAAAUUAAGCUUGGUAAUAAAAAAUUGCCACCUAUAAACAAUCAUGUUAAAUCAGUGGCACACGGGCACAGGUAGCAUCUCAGUUACAGCAGAGAAAACCAGGCCCCUGAGGUUAUCAGACACAAGACCAGCAAAUAAUACAACCCUGUCAUCUUGACCCCAUACGUGGAAGGACUCCUAGCACUGGAGCAAAGUGUUGCCGCAUUGGUGUCUGUUGACAGGCCACUACCUUUGGCUCUCUGUCGUCGGCUCAAUCCCCCUACGACGUGGUCCACCUAAGCCAUGUGCUGGGUGGACUCAGGCCUUGAACCGGCUCUGUGCUCCCAGCAAGCUCUGCGCCUCCUAGGGACGCAGCCCGGCCUGUGAUCUUACCUCUGUGCACUCUCUGCCUCGGCUUUCAGUUCUCCCUCUUUGAAUCUUAACCACCGUCGACCCUUUUUAGCCUUUCUGAAACCUAUGUAUUUCUGUAUGAAAUGUGAUGUGUGACUUGAGCAUUAUACAUGUUAGUAAUAAGACUGAAAGAAAAGAGCCUGUGAUUGUCCGACUCCUUGGCUACCCAGUCACCCUUGAGAACCCCCCCAGAUAAGGCUGACAAAACUGAUGU